AUGGCUAUAUCGAGGACUGGCUCGAGACUAUAUAAACCUGCAUGGCAUUCAGCAGGGAAAGCAGACAUCAUCCAGCGUCGCUUUGCUAGCAACCACACCCUCUACAAUCUUAGCUGCUCCAUCUCCCAACGUUUAAAAGCCCAACCCAUGAAGCUCGCUGCUACUAUCGGAAUUACUCUCGCUGCCACUGCUCUUGGCCCAAGCGAAUCAUUGGCGGCAAAUGUAGCACCUGUCAACAAGUACCCGUUUGCAUCGAUUAUCAAGACUGUAUAUUCUGAUGGCAGCCUGUCAAAAUGCGGCGGCACUAUUAUCUCCAGGAACCACGUCGUUACCGCUGCCCACUGUGUUGUUCGAACUGCCACUGGCGAGCGUGCAAUUCCCAAGAACACCUAUGCUGGUUAUGGAAACAACGUGUAUAUCUCGCAGACCCUGGUUCCGUCGUGCAAAGUAUUUGUGCACCCCCAGUACAACUCGACUGGCUUUGAAGAACGAUAUUGCCGUCCUGGAGCUCCCAGAUCUGCCGCUCGAUGGAGUCAGCGUGGCCGCAGUCCCGGUGUACAAAGGCUCCCUCUUCCCUGGCAUACCCUCACAGUCCCGUCGUACCCGCUCAAGGAAGCUGAGGUCAAGAUUGGUAGUAUCGACCCAUGCAAGACCCAGGUAGAAACUUGGCUGCACGACACCUUCGAGAACAGCAACGGGCCCCGUAUUUGCCUUGAGGGUGCGCUGAUGCCUGGAAACGGAUCAUGCUCGGGUGAUUCAGGUAGCCCCCUUCUCGUGUUUGUCGAUGGUGUGCCGCAUUUUGCUGGUGUUGAUAGCAAUGGCGGAAACAAACAGGGUUCCUAUUCGUGCGGCCAGGCUGAUGGGUUCGACUUUUAUACGCAUGUCAACUACCACCUUUCCUUCAUCAACGAAGCUACUGGUUUUAAACUCUGA